AUGCGUGUUUUAGGGAUGCUUCCAGAUACCACCAUGGUGUCAGGGCUCAGAGCUGAGCGGGCCACCGCGGGGUUGCGCGUCAGCAUGAGCGUCCUGCGCGCUCCCGACACCGGCACCCCGGCUCUACUGCUGCUGCUGAUGUUGGUGAUGGUGAUGAGCGGAGGCUCGUGCACCCUGCUGCAGCUGCUCGCGGACGGAGGGAGAGGAGCCGAGCAUCAGCCUGAGCCAACGCUAUCCGGUAAAAAGGACUACAGUAUAGUAACAACUGAGGGGAACGAGGUUAACAAGUCUCAUCAGCACGACCAAAUCCUAGAGGUCUUUCCCAGGGAUUUGCGGCAGAAGGAAAAAAUCAUAAAACAUUUAACAGGGCCUCUUUAUUUCAGCCCCAAAUGCAGCAAACGCUUCUAUAGACUUUAUCAUAAUACCAGGGACUGCAAAAUACCCGCAUAUUAUAAAAGAUGUGCUCGGCUACUCAGAAGGUUAGCAGAGAGUCAGCUGUGUUCAGAAGGAUAG